AUGAUGCCCUCGAAAAAUACGAAAUCUAUGAAUUUAAUUAGUCUGCCAAGAAAAAUAAUUGAACUUAAUAAUAAUACAAUAUCAAUUUUCGAUUUUAUUUCAAAAUCUAAUUCAAAUAAUGUACAUGCUGGAAAAACAAAUGAUAGUGUUGAUAUUUCAAUACAAUUAUCAGAUAAUUUGGAUUCUACAUCAAAGUUACUUUUGAAUAAAAAUAAUGAUUUACUUGUAUUUUACAAUGCAAAUAAAUUGAAUAAUGAAUAUGACAAAAUCAUAAACUGCAUGAAAUCAAACAAUUUGUCAUUCGAUGAUGAAUUGAAUAUAAAUAAUAUAGCUCAACCAUUGUUAGAAGAAAAAGAGAAAAUAGAAAAUGAACAAAUAUCAAUUGUGACUAUUGAUAAUCAUCUACAAACAGCCACUAGAUGCGAUGAUAAAAAUGUUGAUUAUUAUUGUGAUAUGUUAAAAAAUAAAAGUCCGAUGGAUGACAAUAAGUUUGAAAUGAGCAUCUCAUCUAAGCUCAAUGAUGAAAUAGACAAUAGUUAUCCUAGAUCAAAAAUUACAUCUUUAACAAAUAUAUCAACAGCAUUAGUACCACAUAUUGAAAAAUCUAUCAAAUUCACAGAAGUUAUUGAAAUAAAAGAUUCGACAUUGGAGAAAACCGAAAUAAAUAUAAAUCAACAAUCAACUUUAUUUAAUACAUCAUUAACAAAACAAAAUUAUAACGCAUCUGAAUAUUCAAAUGAUCUGCACAGCUUGCGUUACGAAUCAGACAAAACACAAUCAUCACUUCCAUUAUAUUCACGAUGUCUCGUUUUGUUUGAAUUUGCUAAUCACGAAGAACAUUUAAUUGAAGUUGUUGAACUUCCUCGUUCAUCUCAUCGAAUAUCACGUAUGCAAACAUAUAAGAAAAUACGUAAACGAUUAACUUCAGUGGAUCUAAAUGAUAUCGAUUUAACUGUUUUAUUAAGAACUGUUUUAAAUCUUUCUCAUAAUGUCAAUUAA